UCCGGAACUGACUUAGAAACCGGAAGCUCUGCAGGUGUCAUGGCGUUCUUGACAACAUAAACAAUUUUUUUAGCUGAGCAAGUUUAAGUUUAAUAAAACAUCCUCAUAUCUGCUUUUGGUGGAACAAACAAAGAUGAAACCACUGGGCCACAAGAAUGCCAGAGAUCCAUUUCAAUGUAAUUGUUCUGUGUGUGUGAAUUUCUGGAAGAAUGUAUUUGGAAGUUCUGUUAGUGGAAUGUUUGCCUCGUAUGAGACCCGAUUGAGAGAGUCAAGUAAUUUGGGUAUUAGAAUAGAUGACAUGAUGAGAAUAGGAGACAGAGUUUCAGUUCACGGAAAAACAGGUAUUGUAAGAUAUGUUGGUUUUAUUGACGAUAAUCAGGUGGCACCAAGACUUUAUGUUGGCGUUAAGUUAGAUGAUAAUGUAAAUUCGUUAACCAAUGGAUUAUUUGAAGGAAAGAGAUAUUUUUACUGUACACCUGGUCACGGGAUUAUGGUACCUUAUUCAGAAGUAAAGCGUUUACGUCGAUAUGUUAAGGUUCCAAGUUUAACCGCUAAUUCCAUGUUUCCAAGUUGGCAGCAAGUUCGACAAGGACGUAAAGAAAGACAAGAAAAACUCGAUUCAUUCUACAGGACCAGGUCAUGUUCACCCCGAUGUCGCGAUACAUCACAACGACCAGCUCAACACGCUUCCUCCUUCCACCAUUCCAACGAAUAUCUUCCUCGUUUUACAACUGAUAAAAAUGAUAUCGCAUACAAGGAUAAAUUAAAAUAUCAAUCUGGGAAAGAAAAACGUGAAACUCUGGAAAAACUGGAUGAAGAAAAAAGUAUAAGGAAAGAGAAACAAGGUUUAAAAAAGUUGUUCGGGACGGGGGAACAGGCGGAAAGAUUACAUGAAACACUGAAAUAUCUACAACGAGGCUAUGAAAAAGGUGAAGAGGAGCGAUUAAAGUGCCAACGCCACCAUGCUUCGUACGACGUUGAUCUAUAAAUCAAAACAGUCUGUGAUAUUUUUUUUGUUUAAAACAUGACUGUGAUUAAAGAGAUGAUUAAUUGAUUCAAUUAAAACUCAUAUUUGCUUCCUAAAUAUGGUGCAACUUGAUGUAUAAUACAGAAUUUACUAUAAUGCCUAUCUAUCAAUGGCUUCCAUGAUGCCCUAAUAUGUCUUUCACCUGUUUAAUUAUUUCUUCUUUGAUUGGCAAUUAGUAAUUGAACAUAUUAACACAAGGUACAAUUUUAUGGAUACACAAUUACAGAGUUUAAUACUAAGCAACGUUUCGACGAGGAUAUUCUCGUCUUUAUCAAGUGACACUUCGAUGAUGAUACUCUCGUCAUUAUCAAUAGUAUUAAUCUCAGUAAUUAUGUAUCCAUAAAAUUGUACCUUGUGUUUAGUAAUAAAUCAUGGGAACUUCAUUGAUCAAUACAAGGACUUAAAGAAGUAAAAACCUGUCUGAUUCCGAUCCAAAUAAAGUGUUGAAUCAGAUUGAUUUGAUGUUAAUUUUGAUUAGGGAUGACAUAAGCUCUAUAUAAAUGUGUUAUAUACCCUGGGAAAAGGUUAAACAAUGGCCAAUAACUUACUGGUUCUAGAUGUUCUUCAAAACCCAAUCUUCUUUUUUCCCCACAUCAUAUAAAUUAUGCUAUACAUGUAUAUUUGUGAGAGGACACAAAUUUAUUUUGUAGGCUGUUUGUAAAGGCAUUUGAGAAAAUUUCCAUUGAACUUUUCAUAUUGAUGCAUUUUUAUGUUAUAAUGUAAUUUCUAUUGAUAUCAUGUUGCUAACUACAAUAUUAUGUUACUAAUGACAAUAUUAUGUUGCUAACGACAAUGUUGCUAACAUCAAUAUUAUGUUGCUAAUUACAAAAUUAUGCUACUAAUGAUAAAAUAUUAUGUUGCUAAUGCCAAUUAUAUUGUGUUGUUAACUACAAUAUUAUGUUGCUAAAGACAAUAUUAUGUUGCUAACGACAAUAUUAUGUUGUUAAUUACAAUAUUAUGCUACUGACAACAAAAUGUAUGUUGCUAAUGCCAAUAUUAUGUUGCUAACAACAAUAUUAUGUUGCUAAGAACAAUAUUGUGUUGCUAAAGACAGAGCUAUAAACCUUUAUAUGAUUUCAUUGAUGUAAAUACACCAAUAUGUGCAUCGGUGCCGUUUCAUAAAGCACUCGUAAGUCUUAAGCAUGCAUAAAUUUAUAUUUCACUAUAAAACUCUGUUGAAUUUACGUACAUGUAAUUCUAGGUUAACCUUUGUGAAACGGGUCCAAGAAUUUAUAAUUAAUAGAUAUCUGUGAUAAUUAAUUUAUAAAUAAACCACUGUGAUAAGA